AUCCAUUCAUAAUAGAAAAAAAACACAUAACGCCUGCUCCCGAACGACUCUUUAAUUAUACGUAGUAUAUUGUUCUAUGUCACCAAAAUUGGUAACAAUGAACAUCGAUCGUAGCUAAAGCAAUCAACAGAACAUCACAAGAAAGUAGAUUCCUCAUUUGGAAAGUGGUCAUUGCAUGUCAAACUUUUGAUGUAAAAGAUCAUAGAGAUUAAAAAACACGUAAGCUCCCAAACUAUCUACGAUAUACGUAUAUGAGAAGAGAAAUAUUCCAAGUUGGAGAUAUUCUUUUAAAAUAUAAUGAAUACAACCCUAAUAUACAGUAAAUAGUAGGAUGUUUUAAACUUUGAGUUGACAGAAAGAGUUUAAGCUUAAAAUAUCAUUGAAAGGCUUCGUUCGUGUAUAAAAUUCUUGAACAAGUUUUACGUUGUAGAUAUAACAUAAAAAUCUUUUCUACAUGUGGAUUUAAACAUAAAAUCCCAAGAUUGUGUUGUAAUAGCUGAAGAUAGAUAAACUAAAACGAGAAAUUACAUGGAAGGAUAUUACGUAAUUGUGUCCUAGUUAAAUCCUGGCAAUUUUAGCCAAUUACACAUUUGAGACUAAAAAUAAAUCUAGCUUUAAGAUAUACUAAUAUGUGAUAUAACACGAUUAAUAAUUGCAUAGUACUGUGUGUAAAUUAGGGGGAAAUAAUCUUCAUUUUAGCAUACAAUGGGAUAAUAAAGAAAAUAGAUUUUACCACUUUGGUUUUGAACAAGUGACAGUAUGGUGCAGAAAAACGUCAGAGGAAAAAGAAUUAUCAAAACGUACACUUUUCUUUAAUCUUUUUCAUAAAAGUUUUUUUUUUCUAUUCAAAAAGCAAAAAUGUGUCAGACGGAUUUAUGCAUCUUUCAUUCAUUCAUCACUGUCUCGUGAAAAAUAUAAAACUUUAUAUCAGAAAUUAAUAUAAUAUUUAAACAUAUCAAAAAGAAAAAGAAAAAAAAUUCCCUCCUGUCCAAGUGCGUUUGCUUUUUUGGAGUCUCUCUCUCUCUAUCUCUGAAGUGAGGAUCUUUGUUUGGUUCUGCAAUAAUAAUUUCGUGUUUUUGUUUAUAAAACACGAAAUGUAUUCUCUUCUCUCUAGUACGCAUAGACCCUACUCUAUGAUCAAACUCUGCUUUCCCUCUUCUCUUUCUUUAUCUCCCUGAAACUAUGGGCUUUGUUCUCUCUUUCUCUCUCUCUGUCUGUCUCUAAAGGCACAGCAACAACACUCACAGUCACACUUAAAAGCACUUCCUUUUCUAACCAAAUCUGAAAUGGGUUUUGCUCGGAAACAUCGAAAAACAGUUACUUUGACUCCAAAACCAGAGCUUUAAUCCGUGUUUCACGGCCUAAAGAUCAAGACUUUUAACUCUUCCUCUCUCCUUUUCUUGAUGAUACAAAUGAAGAAGAACAAAAGUGUGUGAUUGAGUAUACACUUAAUUAAAAAAAAUGGCAUUAUGGUGCAUGUCAGUUCUUCUGAUUGUUGGGUUCUUAUCAAAAUCUGAUCUUGGUGAAGCUCAGCUAAGCGAUGAAGCUGCAUUGUUAGCCAUUAAGAAAGACCUUAGAGUUCCAGGAUGGGGUAGUAGCAGCAGAGAGUACUGUACUUGGGAUAGGGUCAAGUGUGGUGCCAACACUUCCUUUGUUGAGACGCUUGAUCUCUCAGGGCUUCAGCUUAGAGGUAACGUCACUUUAAUCUCCGACCUCAGAAGCUUAAAGCAUCUAGAUCUCUCUCGUAACAGCUUCACCGGACCGAUUCCUGCAUCUCUCGGCAACUUGUCUGAGCUUGAGUUUCUUGAUUUGUCCCUGAACCGUUUUGCUGGAGCCAUUCCAGUUGAGUUUGGUAACCUUAGAGGUCUUAGAUGGCUUAACGUUUCUAACAACUUGCUCGUGGGAGAGAUACCUGAUGAGCUUAUGUCUCUAGAGAGGUUAGAGGAGUUUCAAGUCUCUGGAAACGGCUUAAGCGGUUCUAUACCUCACUGGGUAGGGAACCUGAGUAACCUCAAGGUGUUUACAGCUUAUGAGAAUGAGUUGGUAGGUGAGAUACCUAAAGGUUUAGGUUUGGUUUCUGAACUGGAGUUAUUGAAUCUUCACUCAAAUCAGCUUGUGGGGAAGAUUCCAAAGGGGGUUUUUGAGAAAGGGAAGCUUAAAGUUUUGGUCUUGACGCAGAAUAGAUUCACCGGUGAGCUCCCUGAAGAGGUGGGAAUCUGCAGCGGCCUCUCCAGCAUUAGAAUUGGGAACAAUGAGCUCGUGGGAGUCAUUCCGAGGACAAUAGGAAACAUAAGUGGACUUACCUACUUUGAAGCAGACAAUAACAAUCUCUCAGGUGAGAUUGUUGCAGAGUUCUCAAAGUGUUCUAACCUCACUCUCCUGAAUCUAGCAGCUAAUGGGUUCACUGGAACCAUUCCAGCAGAGCUUGGUCAGCUCAUGAGUCUUCAAGAGCUGAUUCUCUCUGGUAACAGUCUCUUUGGGGAGAUCCCCAAAUCAUUUCUUGGAUUAGGAAACCUCAACAAGCUUGAUUUAAGUAACAACAGACUCAACGGCACCAUCCCUAAGGAGCUUUGCGGUAUGCCGAGGCUUCAGUAUCUGCUCCUUGAUCAGAACUCCAUAAGAGGAGACAUCCCACAUGAGAUUGGAAACUGUAUGAAGCUGCUUGAGCUUCAGCUAGGUCGAAACUACUUGACCGGAACCAUUCCUCCUGAGAUUGGUCACAUGAGGAGCUUACAGAUAGCUCUAAACUUGAGUUUCAACCAUCUUCAUGGACCCUUGCCUGCCGAGUUAGGAAGACUAGACAAGCUUGUCUCACUGGAUGUCUCUAACAAUAUGCUUACAGGAACCAUACCGCAGCUACUAAAAGGCAUGAUGAGUUUGUUCGAAGUUAAUUUCUCAAACAACCUCUUGACCGGUCCGGUUCCAGUCUUUGUUCCAUUUCAAAAGUCUCCAAACUCGAGCUUCUCGGGUAACAAAGAGCUUUGUGGAGCGCCGUUGAGCUCUUCUUGUGGAUAUUCUGAUGAUAUUGAACAUUUGAGGUACAAUCACAGAGUCUCCUACAGGAUUGUGCUCGCAGUGAUUGGUUCAGGUGUUGCUGUUUUUGUAUCAGUCACUGUGGUGGUGGUUCUCUUCAUGAUGAGGGAGAAACAAGAGAAAGCAGCAGCGGGUAAAAACGUCGAUGUUGAAGAACGCGUUGAGGAUGAGCAACCAGCGAUUAUAGCCGGAGAUGUCUUCCUUGAGAAUCUUAAACAAGGGAUUGAUCUAGACGCAGUUGUGAAAGCAACAAUGAAGGAGUCAAAUAAACUCAGCACUGGAACGUUUAGUUCGGUUUAUAAAGCGGUCAUGCCUUCAGGGAUGAUUGUUUCGGUGAAGAAACUAAAGUCUAUGGAUAGAGCUAUAACUCAACAUCAGAACAAGAUGAUCAGAGAGCUUGAAAGACUCAGCAAACUUUGUCAUGACCACUUGGUAACACCCAUUGGGUUUGUUAUAUACGAAGAUGUUGCUCUCUUGUUGCAUCAGCAUUUACCUAAUGGUAACUUAGCUCAGCUGAUUCAUGAGUCCUCCAAGAAACCAGAGUACCAACCUGACUGGCCAAUGAGACUGUCCAUAGCCGUUGGAGUAGCUGAAGGCUUAGCGUUUCUCCACCAGGUCGCCAUUAUUCACCUUGAUGUUUCCUCUAGUAAUGUCCUGCUAGACUCUGGCUACAAACCUGUGCUUGGGGAAAUCGAAAUAUCUAAGCUUUUAGAUCCAUCUCGAGGCACCGCAAGUAUUAGCUCAGUUGCUGGCUCCUUUGGCUACAUUCCUCCAGAGUAUGCAUACACAAUGCAAGUGACUGCACCGGGGAAUGUAUACAGCUACGGAGUAGUGUUGCUUGAGAUUCUAACCUCAAGAGCGCCGGUGGAGGAAGAGUUUGGUGAAGGAGUGGAUUUGGUGAAAUGGGUACACGGAGCUUCAGGGAGAGGAGAAACACCGGAACAGAUACUUGACGCCAAGCUUAGCACUGUAUCUUUUGCUUGGAGGAGGGAGAUGCUUGCAGCUCUGAAAGUUGCAUUGCUUUGCACAGAUAUCACACCUGCAAAAAGGCCAAAGAUGAAGAAAGUAGUUGAAAUGCUUCAAGAGGUUAAGCAAAAGUAAAUGAGAGAACUGAAUAUAGUUUCUUUUGUGACAUUCAUAUACAAAAAACGCAUUCCUGUAUAUGCGAGCUUCUCUCAUCUGUGCAUUAUGUAGAGUUUUAUGAUGAAAUGCAAUCUUGGAUUUGCUUAUCUGCUUAUUUAAUUGAAAAAUUAUAAACUA